GAACAAGAAAAGAAACUACACAACCCACCCGCGCCAACUUCGAAGUCCCGGAUGUCAACCGCACCGGAAGAGAAGAAGGUCCUUUUCCAGCCAUCUUGUGGCUUCAUCUAGCGAAGUGCUCGCACCAAGCCUCGUAGAAUCGGAGGAAAAUCCUGCUGAAGGGGCGCCAUCAUGCCCGGACAAAUGCAAGAAGGUUUUGGCUGUGCCAUAACCAAUCGGUUUGACCAGUUAUUUGACGACGAGUCGGAUCCCUUCGAGCUGCUGAAGCAGGCCGAAGUUAAGAAGAAGAAGGAGGCUGCUGCUCCUGGUGCCGCCAAGACUGCAGCCCAGGCUGCCAAGCAGCCUAAAAAAGAGUCCCAAAAAGACAGAAAGACGCCUUUGGCUGAUAAGAAGGAGGAGACCCAAGCACCAGUUCCACUUAAGAAAGAUGGUGCUGGCAUGAGGAGAAUGGGUCGCAAGCCAGAAGGUGAGAGCUCCAGACCUCAGGGAAAUCAGGGCGAGGGACGUCCUCCCGCAGACAGAAGACCUGUCGACAGGCGGCCGCCACGCCGGUUUGAGCGACCUGCUGGUGAUGCUGUAGAGAAGUCUGAAGGUGGUGAAUUCUCAGUGGAGAAACCUGUUGGGGACAGGCCCAUGAGGGGGCGCGGCGGCAGCCGGGGAGGCCGCGGCGGCAGAGGUCGUGGUAUGGGUCGCAGCGAUGGCUUUGACUCCCGAGGAAAGCGCGAAUUUGACAGACACAGUGGCAGCGACAAAUCUGCGUCUUGUUUCAGUAGUCUGAAAGGUGAGGAGAAGCGUGGAGGAAGUGGAUCUCACAACUGGGGCACCGUGAAGGACGAACUGAAUGAACUUGACCAAUCCAACACCACUGAGGAGAAUCCCGAUGGAGAGGAACAUCCACCUGCCGACUCUGAGAACAAAAGGGAGAAUGAGGUGGAGGAAGUGAAGGAGGAAGGCCCCAAGGAGAUGACUCUGGACGAAUGGAAAGCCAUGCAAGGCAAGGAACGGGCCAAAGUGGAGUUCAACAUUCGGAAGGCCAACGAAGGAGCUGACUGGAACAAAGGAUUUGUGCUGCACAAGUCCAAGGCCGAUCAGAAACCUGAGCUGUUCGAGGUUGAGGCUGAGGAGCCCAAGGGAGACGAUGAGCAUCACUUCCGGAAACCAGCCAACGACAUAACGUCCCAACUGGAGAUAAACUUCGGAGACUUGGGCCGUCCAGGACGUGGACGCGGCGGGCCCCGCGGCGGCGGUGGUCGGGGGGGCAGAGGUCGAGGUGAAGCCAGGCCGGUUCGUGGAGGGAGGACUGACAAGUCGUCUGCGUCUGUUCCGAACGUGGAUGACCCAGAGGCCUUCCCGGCUCUGGCUUAGGCCCGCUCGCUCAUCCUCAGGCCUGCAGGAGCCUCUCGACUCCUCUACGAGGCUUGCAUGUUCCUGGAACCUUCAGCAAAGCGAAAUGAUGGAGAAGACUGUCAUAACUAUGACACUCAAAUGUGAGGACUGAGUUUUAUCUAAUGAAAACAAAGAUUAAAAAAAGAAGAAAAAAAAAAAGGACUUCUUGCUACUCUGGAGCAACUUAUUGGUAGAGGUUUUUUACUUGGAAACAAUGUAGCAGGGAUGUUUUCAUACAGUAUUUUUUUCAGAGAUUAUGCAUUGUCCAUUAAUAAAGUUUUCUAAUUGCUGCUUGGAUAUAUGCAUUGUUGAAAUGGAAGCAAAUGUGGUGUGUGGCGCUGCUGCUUACGCUCAUUUUACAAUGAGCUUCGUGGAGCUCCAACCCCAGCUCCAUCAGCUCUGCCACACUCAAUCUUUCUGAAGAAAUUCCACUUCACAAUGAUUUUAGGAAAAACAAGUUUUCUCUUCAGCACUGGUAUGUUUUAUAUUUUAAAUGGGAGGUCUCCUCCUGUGUUCUCUUCAGCCUGUAAAUCUUUGCUGUUUUCAGAAAUCCUUUAGGAGACGUUGUUUAACACGGUGCAAGUGGACACUUUGACGCUGCUGCCUACAUCAAGUUUGCACCCUAAAUACAGAAGUUCAGCUUUUUCUGCUUUGAAACAUUCUAAAAAGCAUUUUGGUUUAUUUUAAGGAAGCUGGGUUUAAUCUAAAGUUUGAUCUGGAAUUUUCAAAUUCUGAAACGCCGUCUCCAUCUUUGUUUUAUUGUGUAUUUGACAGUCAUUUGUCCCCAUCCAGUGUGGUUCAGGACAGCUACUGCCGUUUCUGCUUUGACCGGGAGAGACGCGUCUGGAGGCCUUUUUAAAAUCUGUUUACACACUCCACCCCUUCACAAAUGUAAACUCGGCCAUUCGGUUUCUGUACUCGUACUUUCCUCCACUGUUCAGUUGCUUUUACAGUGUUACUGCUGCAUAAUUACUCUGAAAGAAAUACAGCUGUCCAUUGUAUGGAUCAGCUGCAGUGCUCUACAAAAUGUGUGAAAUCCAGCCCUGCUAUUGGACCUCUGCCGGUAAAUAAAGGUGGUCAACAAAC